GGAGCGCCGCCCGCCGCCGCCAUCUUUGUUGAUGUGUCAGCUCGCCGGGACGGUCGCGCCGGUGGGGCGCGCCGCCGCCAUGGGGGAGCUGCCGCCGUCCCUGCCGGCCUCGUAGCGAGCAGAUGGUAUUUGCAAAAGCUGCUUGCCCUUCUAGGCUUGAAUGCAGGAGGCUUUACUGCAACUUCAGCGAGAUGAUUAUGAUGUAGGCUUGCGGAUUUUGGCUCUUGUCCUGGAAAAUAGUCUGCACAGAUCUCCAGAGGAAAAUGAUGGAAGCAUAUUUACCAGAAAUGCAAAGCACGCUGGAGCCAGUUAAUCCAUUGGAUGAUGCCUCUUCCAGGUCCCCAGAUAAUGAGAAGUCUGAUAAAACAUCUGGAAUGAAGGACUGCUCAAGCAUAAGUUACACUGGAGAUGCUGCUGCUGUCUUGGAAAGGGAAUCAAGGUUGUUGCCCUCGGAUCAGGAUUCAACAGUUCUUGGCAUAAGCAACAAUGGGGCCCUGGCAGAAAGACAGGAGCAGCAGUGUGGAGGGGCAGACUGCUGUGCUAACACCGGCUCUGAAGGAAAGGUAGAAGGCUCCACAAAACCAGAACAUAUAUCUAAUGAAGAAUUUGAACGACGGGAUACAAGAGCGAAUCAGACAGAACAAUCAUUAAUGGAACUACUACAGGAGCUAAGGGAGGAGUCUGACUUUGGGAAAAAAUCCAGCGAUAAAAUCUAUUCAGAAAGCCCUUACGACACAGACUGCACAAAGAAGCUUAUUUCCACAAUACAUGAGACUUCCUCACAGGAGGAUUUGCUAAAGGAAAUAGAGUCUGAACUCUUAUCUACGGAUUUUUCAAAGGAACGAAAAUUCCCAAAUGGUGUGCAGAAGGGUGAACAUGCCUUGGCCGUGUUUGAAAAAUGUGUGCAAGAUAAGUACCUGGAGCAAGAACAAACUAUAAAAAAGUUGAUAAAAGAAAAUAAAAAACAUCAAGAGCUGAUUUUGGAAAUUUGCUCAGAAAAGGACAACUUAAAAGAUGAAUUGAAAAAACGAACAGAAACAGAAAAGCAGCACCUCAACAUUAUUAAACAGCUGGAAGCAAGAAUGGAAGAGCUUAACAAAGAAGUGAAAGCUGCCAAAGACAAACUUUUAACUCAAGAUGCAGCAGCCAAAAAUGCUAUUCAGCAGUUGCAUAAAGAGAUGGCCUUUCGAAUGGAGCAGGCAAACAAGAAAUGUGAAGAAGCACGCCAUGAAAAGGAAACAAUGGUGAUGAAAUAUGUCCGAGGGGAGAAGGAGUCACUUGACCUCCGAAAGGAAAAGGAGAUACUUGAGAGAAGAGUGAGAGAUGCAAACAAAGAAAUUGAAAAGCAUACUAAUAAAAUCAAACAGCUUUCUCAGGAAAAAGGAAGAUUGCACCAGCUCUAUGAAACGAAGGAUGGUGAAGCCACUCGACUCAACAGAGAAAUAGAAAAAUUGAAAGAAGAAAUCAAUUCUCAUGUUAUCAAAGUAAAAUGGGCUCAGAACAAACUGAAAACAGAAAUGGAUUCACACAAGGAAACCAAGGAACGCCUCAAAGAUGCAACGACAAAAUUAACUGAAGCAAAAGAAGAAGCAGACCAGAUAAGGAAAAACUGUCAAGAAAUGAUAAAAACAUAUCAAGAGUCAGAAGAAAUUAAAUCGAAUGAAUUGGAUGCAAAACUCCGAGUAACUAAAGGAGAACUAGAGAAACAAAUUCAGGAGAAGUCCGAUCACCUUGAGGUGCAUCACGCAAAAAUAAAAGAACUGGAAGACUUGAAGAGGACAUUUAAAGAGGGCAUGGAUGAGCUUCGAACGCUGAGAACAAAGGUAAAGUGUUUAGAAGAUGAACGUUUAAGAACAGAAGAUGAGUUGUCCAAAUAUAAAGAAAUCAUUAAUAGGCAGAAAAGUGAAAUUCAGAAUUUGCUGGACAGAGUCAAAACUGUAGAUCGUCUGCAGGAUCAACAUCAGAGAGAUGAACAAGAAAUCAGUGCUUUAAAGGAAGAAGUAGAUGGUUUCAAUUCUCUGAUUGCUGAUCUCCAGAAGGACAUUGAAGGUAGUCGGAAAAGAGAAUCUGAGCUAUUGGUAUUCACUGAAAAAUUAACCAGUAAGAAUGCACAGCUUCAGUCUGAAAACAAUUCCUUACAGAGCCAGUUGGAUAAGCUUUCUUACAGCGAAAGAGAGCUGCAGAAUCAGCUGGAAUGCGUUCAACAGACUAAAGAUGAUCUGGCCACCAAGUUGCAGAAGGAGGAGGAUCAGCGAAAGCUAGAGGUUGAGACACUACAGGCUCAGCUAGCUUUGGAGCAGAAAGAACUAACAGCGCUGAAGACCCACGUGGAUGAACUUAAAGAUGAACUGGCUACCCAGAAGCGCAAGCAUGCAGCAAACCUGAAAGAUCUCACGAAACAACUUCAGCUAGCACGCAGGAAAUUGGAUCAGAUGGAAAAUGGUAAUUAUGACAAAGAAGUCAGCAGCAUGGGGAGCCGUUCCAGUUCAUCAGGGUCCCUUAACGCGCGCAGCAGCAAUGAGGAUAGGUCACCUGAGAAUACUGGAUCUUCAGUAGCUGUGGAUAGCUUCCCAGAGGUGGACAAGUCUGUCUUGGUUGAAAGAAUACUAAGGCUACAGAAGGCACAUGCUCGAAAAAAUGAAAAGAUGGAGUUUAUGGAGGAUCACAUUAAACAACUGGUGGAGGAAAUCAGGAAAAAAACAAAAAUUAUUCAGAGUUACAUUUUGCGGGAAGAAGCUGGAACACUGUCGUCAGAGGCCUCUGACUUCAACAAAGUACACUUGAGUAGACGGGGCGGGAUUAUGGCAUCUCUGUAUACAUCUCAUCCUGCAGAUAGUGGUCUCACGUUGGAACUCUCCUUAGAGAUAAACAGGAAGCUCCAGGCUGUGUUAGAAGAUACAUUAUUGAAAAAUAUUACAUUGAAAGAAAACCUUCAAACCCUAGGAACAGAAAUAGAACGGCUUAUCAAACACAAGCAUGAACUGGAACAGAAAAUAAAGCAGACAUAACUAAAACUUUUAUGGAAUAACCGACAUGAAGAUGCAGAAAAGGCAGGUGCUACAGACCACUGUUUUUUACAUUUUUCUUGAAAUUGAUUGCCUGCCAGCACAAGCGUCUGGUAUUCUGCAUACAGCCUUUAACCAUACAGGCUCACUCCUGUGAGAGAUCUACAGGGUUUGGCAUCAACAUGGUUCUGGCUACCCAAUACCAGCCUGAGGUGUUGCUGAAUUUUGCUACACACUACAUUUAGACAAAACUUUUCUUUGAAAUGACAUACAGAUGCUUUGCAGUGCAUACUAUGUUUUGAGUGAGUUGCGGUGAGAUUUUAAUUUCUGCACUGUAUAAUUAAUCAGUCUCUUAAUGAUGGAGCUUGAAAAAAUAAAACAAAUUACGUCUUAGUUGCUCUUGAACAUAUCCAGUGUUACUGAGCUUUAAGGGCUUUCAGACAUUAUUUCCUUUCUUGCAUAUUAUUUCUGAUAUUUAGGUUGAUUAAGCAUUUUUGACAUGCGCAUGGAAGAAUGCUUUGUCACUACAUUUUGGGGUUUAAGUGGUGGCCAUGAUAUUGCGUAUUUUCGGUUUUAGAUUAACACUCAACUGGUCAGUUUCUUUAUCAAAAGAAGUGAAACAACAGUAAAACUAAGGGACUAAGAAACUUCCUGAUUCAGUUGUUGGGUAUGUGUCAUUGAAACAAACAUUAAUUCAACAAAUCCUGUAAACUCUUGAUAUUUAGAUGUAUGGAUCUAAAGAAGUCUGACAUCAGGUGAUUGGUUAAUAAAGUUCUCUGGCCUUCUGCAUAACUAACAGCAUUUAAAAAGUAGGAGUUUUAAUUGCCCAUUGUUAUGUAUGUACAGGUGGACAUUGUGAUUGCAUCUGUUUUCAAAGCCAAAUGGAAGCUUACUCAAUUUUCUUACUAACUGUGGGUAGACCAGAUAGUGAAAGCAAUGGUAAGAAAUGGGAAAUAUAUCUAAAUGGGAUUUUAAUUUAUUGGUUGGAAUGUGCCAGUGGCGCAGAAAUCUGUGCGACUCCUUAAUUUUACUGUUGUGAAGAAUUAAUUGGUCAAAAUGGCACAAACUGAGAACCGUUUCUUAGUCCUUCAGUGGCUGAGAGGGUGAUGGAGGAAGAGAAUCAAGGUGUCAAGAUUCUGGUUAGUCACAAUGUUUUGAAAUCUCUCCAUUCCAGCAGUAAAUGCGUAGAUUUCUGUAUUUAUUGCCUUUUGACCAAAAUGAAUUGACCAGAUCAGUGUAAAUAUAUAAUUCGUGUUUUUAUUGAAUACUUGAACUUCCUAUUAUCAUGAAAAAAGAUUCAAUGUACACUUACAAUAGCAAUGCUUUAGCCAUUUUAAUUAGAAAGGAUACUGGGGGGGGGGGAUGCGAUUUAGCUUACUGCAGGCACCGUUUGCAUCAUGCCCAAAACAAGAGGCCUGGAGCCAGCAGCACACCGGAGGAUAAUUUAUCAAAGCAUCUAGGGGAUUUAGGGGUGUGCACUCCAUUUUCAGGUGCCACUGAGUCACUUGAGCUUUGUAAUGAACCAAAUUGAGCAAAAGGGCCUGAUUUGGUUUGAGCAGUUUGAUUCAAAACAGUGACGCUUCCUUUCUACUUUAAAGAUAGGUAUCUCUGAAAGACCUGGUUCUGUGGUCCAGAGAGCCUCAAGAGUCUUGAAUGGCAGGGUCCCUUCAGAGUCAAAGGUUUAAGUAUUUCUUUAGCAAGGGAAGGUGGAAACAAAUUAUUUAAAACCUGACCGAGCAUUGUAGAAACUAUGAGCCUUUAAUCUGGGUGGGGUUUUAUACAUAUAUUUUUCUAAUUCCUGAGAGCAAUGGUUAUCUGAAGUCUUAGGCAAUUUGGACCAGUCCAGUCAUGGGACUACCUCUGCUUUACUGUUGUUUAAGUGAUGUGAAGAGGAAAAUACCUGGCUCUGCUGAGACAGAUUUGUCACCAGCUUCCAGGAAGCGAACAGGCAGUUGUUCGUGACUGAACUAGACCUUCUGCUGGAAGAAUUUAGAACAAUUUGCAUGUCAGAACAUAGCUUAGCUCUUGUAUGUUUGUGUUUUCAUGGUUUAACACACCAGAUCUCUGGAUGUUUUCAGGCGUUCAGCUGAAUGACUCCAGUAUUUUAGAUACCAUGUUAAUAUUGUAAUCAUUUAAUGUACGUUCUCCAGGUGUACAAUGUGAAUGAAGGAGAGGUGUGGUGCAGAUGGAAUAAGUGCAAUGACGUUGUGGAAAUUCUUAUUUCUUUUUGGCAUGGUUGUUUCUCCUUUUAAGUUAUUUGAGAAACCUAGUUAGCUGUCCUCCUGCCCUGCUGGAAAUGCUGCUUCCUCUCUGUAGCACUAGAAACUUCUCAGACUUAUUUCCUUGGUUAUGGAGACACACACAAAGCAGGCAGCAUAUCACAUUGUUUAUUUUUCACGGUGUUUUCAUGGACCAAAGUACUCUUCUACAGGUGUUAUUUUAAACGUACCUGUUAGAGGUGGAAAUUUCUAGCUCGCACAUUGGCAAAUGACUCUCUCUCCUGUAAGCCCAGAAUGUGACAUGACAGGGUCAGCCAGCAACUUUGCUUCAUGAUGUUGCUCAUUCCUGAGAGUCAGUGGUGUAUUAGCCAGAAAAAUGGUGCUGGCAAGGCACCUGCCUGUUGUUUCCGUGGGGUGGAUUGUCAGGAGUGUAAUACUGGUGCACAGAACGAGAACACUGCUGUGGAAAGGUGUGUUUCCGUGGGGUGGUUCACGCAGGUGAGCACCGGCUGGUGCGGAGUGGGUGCAAGGCUUGCGGAGCCAUCGCAUUGCGGUUACCUGUGUGUUUUGGCAACUUUUUAUGUUAUGAACCUGAGAUUGACAACUGUGCUCAGAUAAACCGAAUUUUAGAGAUAAACUGAUAAACUAAUUUUGAAGGCAGCCUGGAGCAGUUGUCUACAUACCUGUCGUUGAAAUUCAAUGUCCAUUAGAGAUGUAAUUGCCACAGGCUGCUUUUGAAAAUCCCAAGCUUGUAGCUAAUCGUGUCCUACAGGCUUAAACAGCUGUUUCUUAAAUACUCAGGGUGCUCUUUUAAUUCAAACAUCGCACAUCCAGAUGUUGUUAGAGGCCCUACAGGAAAGCUGCCUAUGCUUUUCCACCCUCUGUAAAAUACAGCACUGUUGUUGUCUGAAGCCAGACGCUCUGAACUGAAGAAUACCAAUUUAUGCUAUAGAAAUUUCUGGCUUUCUGCCACAUAGACUGGUGCAAUAUUUUUAAUUUUAGUCUCCGGAAAACAGGGGAGAUUGAUUUGUUCCUCCCAUAAUGUUUUCAUCAUCUUCACUUGUUGCUGGCACCACCUGCAGCAUCUCCAGCUACUAAAACUGAAGUUGCUCUCUUGAAAUACUUUUUCAGUACAAUAUUUUGGUUCAAAAAUAAAAUUUAAAAAAAUCAGAUCUCUGGCUUCCACUGAACCAAGCGUAAAGCUGAGUGUCCGCAUGCUGCAGAGCCCCGAAUCUAGGAAGGGGUUCAGGGAACACAAGGCCUGUCCGAAUGGGCCUUCGCCCUUCCCGCUGGCCAUGGAAACAUCGAGAUGUCAGCAGUAGGUGGCACUAGAAAUCAGAUUUACCGUGUCUCCACAGCCACCUGAGCCCUGCCGAAGGGCAGAGGGCUGCGUUGCAGAGAGCUGGGUGGUAUUUAGAGUUUUUCCGAGAUGGAUGGGGGCUUCCUUCCCAUUUUCGUGUUCUAACUGAAACUAUGUUGAAUCUUCCAAUAUAUGUAUGUACCUUGUCUGAAUAUACACAGAACGUCUGUUGAUUUAAUUUUGUAAGAUACCUGUUUCUGUAUAAAGUUUUUGAAGAUAUCGCUAUACAUUAUGUAUAUAUUGUACUUUGAAAUAAUAAACAUACAAAUGUGUGGAA